CGUUGACUCUAGCCCUGCCCAUUGGUUCGUAUUUUCCUUGCGCGCACUCGAGUUUCUUUGACACAAAGCGCGCUCCCGCGGGACAUCAUUGGUGAGUGUGGUGGGGGCCUGGGGCAACCACCGAGUAUUCUGUCCGGGGGCGGGCAGGCGGGGGAGGGGGCCGCUUUGUGUUACCCUCCUCACCGUGUUUUACUAAGCUGUGUGCGCGCUAAUAUAGCUCGUGGUCACAGAGAGGCCUGGCUGAGCAUAGAGCCGGGCAUUCCCUAUAUUGCCGUCCUGUCCCAUUCUACCAGUUGUGUAAAUCAUUGCAGUCACUGCCAGUCUGUGCAGGCUCCUGUAUGAUAAAUAAUUCUGAUUUUGCUGUAUAUGCAUGUACCUGUUUCCUGCAUAAAAUUCACCCCUCCCAAAAUCUAGAUACUGGUAAUGCUCCCAGGAGGAUACAUACUGUAUGAAUAUUGUAAAUAAGAAACAUUAGUGAUUCAUGUUUGCACUGGUUACCUAGUGCAAUUCACUUUGGCAUUUAGAAUCCCUGCUCUAUUGCUUUCAUUUUCUUUCUCUGCCUCCCUUUAUACUACUUUCGUUGUUCUAUUCCUCGAUUUACACGUCUUACUUGUUUCAUUUAACAUUUUAGCUUGUGAAUGUAUAAUAUACUUGUCCAGCUGUGAGUGACCCAAGAAGUGAGUAUGGCAGGGGGACGCCGGGGCCCUAACCGGACGUCAUACUGCCGGACUCACCUUUGUGAUCCUGGAGCAUCAGGGGGUGCUGUCCAUGGAGCAAACCCUACUAUCAGUGGUGUGCGGUCACGAGCAAGGUAUAGUGAAAACAGAAAAAUGUGUAACCAUUUUAUAAUGUAAUAAUUAUAUAGGAGCAAUUAUAUUAUGUCAAUCUCUAAGGGAUUUUCUCUAUUUUCCCCAAACAUAGUAGCUAAAAAUAAACAUACCUUUAUUGUACUGCGAAGACAACCUCCUCGUCUUAUCCCAAACCACGUUUUGUGAAGUCCUCAAUUCUGAUGAUCACCAUGUCUUGUAUAUUCUCUGUGCCUGAAUUUUAUAUCUUAAUCGUACACUCAGGCAUGUUUACCAAGCCUGAUUACUGGUAUCUUUGAUAUUUAAAAAAUGAGGUGGACCUCUACAGGGGUCUUUUCAGUUCUGUUUCAACCUAAGUAUAUCUGUCAUGGCACCUUUAUGUCUAUCUUGUACUACUAAAGUGCUUCAAUAAAAGCAAAGAUUGACCCAAAAAAAGGGUCCUUGAUUCUGUUGAAUUUUGUCUAGUCAGAUGAUCCUCAUAGAGGGCACAUGGUGCACAUAUAACAAUCGCAGCAAUCCACAAAUCUAGUGCUUCUCUAUGAAAAACAUAGAAUCAAAUGCUUCCCAUACCGCAGCGUUUCCCAAUUGGUGUUCUGCAAAAUUGGGGUUCCAUGGCGAUUUGCAUUUAGGGCCACCCCAUGGGUAUCGGUAAACAGGGGUCUGGUCAGGCGUCUCAGACCUCGACCGGACCCCUGUUGUAUGGGAUGCUGGGAGAAAGUGACCACCCUUCCUCCCAGACAGAGUGCGCGGGCUGGAAGGAGAGGAAACACAGCGAGGAGUGAGCAGCUGCCGACCUGGCACAUCAUCCUCAGCCAGCAUCCUGCAGCACUGAAGGGGAAAAAAAAGUGAAGUUAAACGUGUGUGUGUGUGUGUACCUGUCUCAGUGUGUCUGCCAAUGUAUGUAUAUGUGUCAGUUUGUGUAUCUGUGUAUCAGAUAAAUACACACUGACACACACACACACACACACACACACCUUGACACACAGAUAUAUAUAUAUAUAUAUAUAUAUAUAUAUAUAUAAACAUACACACUAUAUGUCAAGGUGUAUGUAUCUCUGUGUCAGAUACAUACAUACAUAUACACACACACACACAUACAUACAUACAUACAUACAUACAUAUAUACACACAUAUCUUGAUACACCAGCACAUACAAAAAAAAGGUUUAUGCAAUGGCGCAAAAUAGGUUUUUUUGGGUUCCACGAUGUUGAUACACUAUGUCAAAGGGUUCCAUGGGAAAAAUUUAUUGGGAACCCCUGCCAUAGCAGAUCAUUGGACUUGCAAGCCUCAGCAUGCUGACAUUAGAGUAAAGUCAUUUGAAUAAUUGAAUCUCUUUCUGUCUGAAAUCUUUCAUUACUGUCUGUCUGUCAGCCAAUAGUAAGCGUGAAAACUGCAAAAUGAAGAAGAAAACUUGGGUGGACUGCAGACACAACUCGGUUUUUAUUUAGAUGAAGUGAUUUUGGUGCUUACGUUACUUUAAGGUGUUUAUAAAAAUAAAUAUAUAUAUUUUUUAGUUUUAUGGAAUACAGCUAAAAACUAUGAUUCUAUUUAUUUAUACAAAUCCCUAAAGCUCAAUAAAAUCCACCAGAAGCUUUUGACUGAUGAUUUUUCCUCACUGCUUGAAUUGAUUGGACCGUACCAAACGCUAACGAGAGAGUACAUUUGGGGGUGGUUUUUCCUUAGCUACAGUGGCCAGUUCUGCAGCAAAUGACAAUUUUGAUUGUUAGCGCUUAGGAAAUAUGUUUAGUGUCAUUUAGUUUUUUAAUGUUUUAGCUCUAUGAAUUGAUUAUAUUCAUAAGAAAAUAUGCAUUUUUGUACAUUGUUUUCAAUCAAAUCAACAGAUUUGAGCUUUUCUUAAGAAGAUUUUCAGACAGAAGCAACUCAAUCUUGUAUAUGGAGUCUGACUAGUUGGGCAUGUUUUUAGCACCGCAAGAGUUAUAGUGUAGAACAGUGGUUCCCAAACUAGUUGUCAUGCCCUCCCCCCUCACUGGUCCAGGAUUUUGGGAUUACCCACUUGUGUCUACUGUGUUUUUAGAAAGAAAGAAUAAAACAAAUAACACCUUGGACACAUGGUUAAUUCCUAAAUACUGGACAGGUAGAGGUGCGGGAGGACUGCUUUGGGAACCACUGGUGUAAAGGAACGACUGAUUAGCAGAAGUGAAAGUUCUUUAUGAACACAGUGAGGUUUGUGGGACUUGCAGUUCAGUUACCAGCUUUCACCUCAUGAAAGCCAUUUUAUCAACUACAACUCUUAGAAAGGUUUGCAGUGCUUCCUGUUGUGUACAAUGUGUUAUUUGACGCUAGAGGAGUGAGGGACAGAUAAGCCAUGAUUAUUAAUGCAGAAUGCUGCAAAACCUUAGAAGCAUAGUGUGCUUUUAUACUCUGCCAUUGCAGACAGUGAUGUGGGGUUUCCAGAGUGUGUCUGGUUAGGCAGCGUUAUGGAGCCAGCAAUUCACCAUAUGCAGACAGUGUAAUUAAUUCUCUGGAAACCCAAGAUAUAGUGAAUUGCAUUAGCAAUGGCCUGAAGGCAUGUUUUGAUGCUGGAAGAUCUGCUGGAGAAAUCAAGUGUGGUUCGCAGAUGAAACAUUUUAUUAUUGCUGAAAAGAAUAAAGAUGCUGGAGUCCCUGGACGCCAUCUGUUUACUGUCCAUCUUUAAAUGUUAAACUAUUUUUGAACGGUUUCACACCAAAGUUGGGUCCCUGUGUGCCUGUUUACACUAGCUCUCUCUCUUCUGCUUGCCCACUGAACAACUUCAUUCAGAUAAAAUCUUGAGGGUGGAAAAUUGAUUUUAAGUGCAAGUUCAUGGUCCAGUUCUAUACUGACUGGCAGCACAAGCCCUUAAUUAUGUAAACUGAAUCCGUUGUAUUACUUGCCGAUGGAUUGAUCAUGCUGUGAUUUGUUUAUUAGAUCUAUGCUAUAUUUGCUGCUGCUUUUUUAAAGUUGAGGUUUGUCCGGUGGGCACUUGUCUAGCAGAUUUCAGACUUUGAGCUGUGCACCUCGGACUUAUUGAGCAUUACUCCCAAGUAAAUAGGCCCACUAACUACAUAACCUAAUGGCAGGCACAAGCUUGAAGGCAAUCUAUUCUCUCCUUACUUCCUCAUGUCUGGGGAAAGAUGUUAAAAACAGAAAUUCCUCUUAAUCACUGCUGCAUCAAGAGAAAGUUACAGUCGCCCCAUUCUCCCUCUCCCAGUUUGUGACCGCAUAUUUUGUGUCAUUCCUAAUGUUUUGUGGAUGCAGGUUAUAUGUUUGGACUGUUUUUCUGAAGGGUUUUUUUUUUUUCGUUUUAUUUCUUUUGGAAGGGUUAAACCUAUCAUCAAGGGGAUGUGCAGGCAUCACACAAAUUUAUAAAUUGGUUCUAUAGUGAAUAUAGUCAUGUUGAUGAUCCAGAGGAUAUUUUCUCAUAUUUUAUGUUUCAUUACGGCAAAUACAGUAUUUCAAUGUGCUUUGCAUAUUGAGGUGUGGAUUUUAUUUUCUGUCAGGUAAUUGCUUAUGGUAAAUAGAUUUCAUAAUAGCUGCCCUUAGGGACAGUGUUUCAGCUAAUUUUUCUGUCUAGGGACUCAUCUAAGAUAAAUCAGCUUGCUAAAUGUCUGCAAUAUGUCUAUACUACUUAAAAAUGUACUAAAUGUCCAGCUACAACUAUCUGAUCCUAGUGUAAAAUGUUUAUUUCUAGUGUAACUGUGAGACAUACUAUUAUUGAUACUUAAAUGUCUCUUCCUUCGAUUUAAUAGCCAAACACUGCAACACCCCUUAGAUGUAGCAAAUGCCUUUAAUAAUUAUUUUGUUGGAUGUGUUACCACCCUGGUUGCUAACAUAACAAAUGACAUUCAUUUUCAGACCGCAAAUAAAAAUCAGGCCCUGCCAAAUCUUCAAAAUGCUAAUAUUGAGAAAUUCAAUUUUAGACCUGUGGCCGUUAGUGUUGUUAAUAAACAUCUUAAUAAUAUAAAAAUGAAAAACCACUGUGGACCAGAUCAAAUCCCAGCAAUGUUGCUGAAGCUCAGUGCGCCAGCAAUUGCUAAACCUGUCACUACCCUUAUCAAUGAAUCCCUGGUGUCAGGAUACAUACCCAAACUUUGGAAGACUGCAAAAGUUGUACCUAUCCAUAAAAGUGUAAAAAAUCUUGGAAAAAUGCGUCCACACGCAACUAUGUGAAUAUUAUCAACGAUCAAAUUAUCUGACACCUGAUCAAUCAGACCUUCGUCCAAAUCACUAAACCUCGACUGCCCUCUUAAAAAUGUUUGCAAUGACUUCCAAAUUGGCAUGGAACAAGGAGACUUAACUGGAAAUAUUUUACUUGACUUUGCCAAGGCCUUUGACACAGUAGACUAUGGCAUUUAUUUGCAAAAACUUAAAAACUCAGUCAUUGGUGAUCAUCCGUUAACCUUGUUUUGAUCAUAUGUUUUAGACCGAUUGCAAUAUGUGGCCAUUUCUGAUAGCGCUUCCCUCCCUCUUCCAGUCAUGUGUGGUGUUCCCCAGGCUCCAUCCUCUGCCCCCUGCUAAUCACAUUAUUUAUAAAUGAUCUGCCUAAAGUGUGCAAAUCCUCAACUGUACACAUGUAUGCAGACAACACUGUAAUCUACGCUAGUAAACCCAAGCUACCGCAGCUUGAGGCUGUUCUCCAAAGCCAAUUCACAGAGGUAGAAAAGUGGAUAGGUGAUAACAAACUCUUCCUAAACACUGACAAAAUUGUUACAAUGGUCUUUGUAAUGGUACCUAAAUUACGUAAACUACAAAAUCAACAACUGUGUAUCAGAACAAAUUCAAAUAGCACACUGACAGCGGUCUGCUUUUUUAAAUAUAUAGGUAUGUUGCUAGACCCCAUUCUAUCCUUUGGCCUUCACAUUGAAAAAAUCUCUUCAAAACUAGGGGCCCUGUACAGAAACAAAUCCUGCCUAAGCCCUACAUUAAGGAAACAGUGCAACAAAUUCUAAUGCCGGUCAUUGAUUAUGGGGAUGUAGUGUAUGCACCCACCUAAAUAAACUUCAUACGUUAUAUAAUUUGUUCUGCCGCUUUGUACUAGAAUGUAAUUACUUGACCCACCAUUGUGACAUGUUGAAAGAGCUAAACUGGCUGUCGCUGGAAUCCCGACGCACUCUUAAUCUUUCCACUUGUGCAUGAGAGCAUUUCUAGGAAGCUCCCACCUUUUUUAACCUCCGAUCUCGUACUAGCAUGAUAUUUAGCAUACCGCAAUACAAAAAUAAAGUGUCUCAAUCCUCAUUUUCCUACAGAGCACCGCAAUUAUGGAAUAACCUCAGGGACACAGUCAAAUCUUCAUUCAAUCUAAAAUCUUUUGAGAGAUCUAUUGCAAUAUACCUCAGCACAGAAUGCACCGGUCAUGGUUGAAUAUAUUUAUUACCUGUUAUGUAUUACAUGUCUGUGUGUGUGUGUGUAUAUAUAUAUAUAUAUAUAUAUGUAUAUAUAUAUAUUGUAUCUUAUUGUAACAAUGCACAACAAUGUUUUGUGGACACAGGACAUACUUGUAAAUGAGAGAAAUCUCAAUGUAUCCAUCCUGGUAAAAUAUUUCAUAAAUAAAUCAUAAACUGUCAUUUAUUAUUUUCCACACUUCUCUCUGUACAUUCAGCUGCACCCUCAUUCUCUAAUCUUCUGAUAUGAUCUCCAUUUUUUUUUCCCUUUCUGCAGGAGUAGCUCUAGCACUGGCCUGUCCAGCCCUCCUCUAGCAACUCAGACAGUUAUCCCUCUGCAGCAUUGCAAAAUCCCUGAGCUGCCUAUUGACCGUCACCUCCUGUUUGAGCUCCAGCUUUUCUUUUGCCACCUGAUCGCCUUGUUUGUGCACUACAUAAACAUCUACAAGACUGUCUGGUGGUACCCACCCUCCCAUCCUCCAUCACACACAUCUCUGGUGAGCAUCUUGGUGGGUGGGGGGUCCUGUCAAUUUGACAGAAUGCCAGUAACUAUCAGCAUUUCCUGUGCCUAUCCUUAAACAGAAUACUGUGCAUAUAAUAUUUCUGCAGUGUUUGAAUGCUUCCAAUUCUUUAUUUUGCUCUUACAGAACUUUCAUCUCAUUGAUUUUAAUGUGCUGACACUUACAACCAUUGUUCUAGCGAGAAGGCUAAUUGGUGCAAUUGUACGUGAGGUGAGUCUGAAGGUCAUGUGGAGUGAGGUGACUGUAAUUUUGGUGUAGUGGUUUUCAUUUAUUUCUUAAUUGAAAAGCAUUGUUUUUUUGUUUGUUUUUUUUUCAUAGGCCUCCCAAGGAGGAAAGCUGUCAUUACCACAUUCUUUGCUGCUGGUUGCUACACGGUUUGCAGUGCUGACCGGAACUGGCUGGAGUCUAUGCCGCUCAAUUAUUCUCCUGUUUAGGACCCACUCGUUUCUCAACUUGCUUUUCCUGUGCUACCCGUGAGUGAGUGAGUGAGAGCAGAAAGCAGAAACCCUGUGGUACACAUAUAAAGCACGAAAUGAACACUGUUUUCCACUUCAUGUAGAGAACAGUGUUUGCUCGUUAUUGUGACUCAGUCUGUAUCAUAAAGCUACAUUUUCCAGGGAUGUGUAGCAGCAUUCCAAUAUAACCUGCAAUCUGCUAGUGUUCACUACUUUAAAAUAUGAAUAUGUAGAUUCUUAACCAAUUCCAGUCCUUUUAUCUCUAAAAGAUCAGAGUGAAUGUGUUUUGUGUUUUUUUUGUAUGGAAUACAUCACACUUUUGUCAGUAGGUUUGUGCAGAUUAUAAGGCCAGAGACCGUUUCUCUGUGUCUGCUGACGCUUUAUAAUUUUGUUUUUUCUUUGUGCAGUACUGUUAGAUGAAAUAAUUUUUUCUGGGUGACCGCAUUAAUUGUCUUAAUUGUAUCUGUUAAAUUGAGGUGAUAUCACUUAUCUAAUAUUAGAGCAAUAACUACCUUGUAACACAGUAUAGCAUAAGAAACCGUUGCAUUUCAGGAUGCCUUCAGCGCCGUUGUAUAAGAUAUAGGUUUUUUCCCACUCUUUGACCUCCCUUGAUUUUAAGAGUUGGCUAUUUAAUUUGGGGUAUAUACUUACCCCUAACAUGCGUCUGUCCCUUUAUUGAAGAGUUUACUCUGUACAGUGGGAUCUCUUUGGACGAAGGGAGACACUUUCCUUCCCUUUAUUUGAAGCUUUUGUCCACUGUACACAAGUGGUCAGACACCUUUUGGUAAACAGAUUGGUUGUUUUAAUAUAGUUGAGAAACCCUGUAAGAGGGUUGUGACAGUGGUUGCUGACCCCUCCCCUGUUGCCUCCACUAAACUUCCUUUAUUUAAGUUACGAUCACUUUUAGACGAAAGACAAGGAUAGACGCUACUGGUCUCAGUGCAGACAGAGCUCUGAGAUCAGAUACAUCUCUCUCUCUCUCUCUCUCUCUCUCUCUCUCUCUUUCUCUCUCUCUCUAAUAUAUAUAUAUAUAUAUAUACCGAUGUAGAGUAAAGAUAUAAAUAUACUGGCUGAUAUAGAAAAAUAAUAAAGGGGGGGGAAUUAGACUCAUUGGCAAUAAUACUGUAUUUUACGCCCAUGCUUGCUGAGCAACCUUACAUUGGCCUUGUCCAGAGUGGCGUGCCUUAAAUGCUUCUAUUCUGAAUAGACCUAUUGAGGAAUCAAGUGCCACACAAACCAUUUGUUGACUCACUUUAUAUGGGGGACCACCUACUGGUUCACACUUCUUCAUGUCUGUUGGCUGCUAUUUAUGUGGCUAAUUAUCAGGCCCCCUUUAUAGGUAGCGUCCUAGACAUAAUCUUUUCAAUUCCCCUGAUGAAGGCUUAGUCUACACGCCGAAACACACUUCAGGCUUUAGCUUAGUGUUUCAUUUUGUUCAUGAUAGGUAACAUAGAGACAUAGAAUGUGACAGCUGUUAAGAACCAUUCGCCCCCAUCUAGUCUGCCCAAUUUUCUAAAUACUUUCAUUAGUCCCUGGCCUUAUCUUAUAGCUAGGAUAGCCUUAUGCCUAUCCCACGCAUGCUUAAACUCCUUUACUGUGUUAACCUCUACCACUUCAGCUGGAAGGGUAUUCCAUGCAUCCACUACCCUCUCAGUAAAGUAAUACUUCCUGAUAUUAUUUUUAAACCUUCUAAUUUAAAGUCCUAUUGUUGUGGUAGUUUUUCUUCUUUUAAAUGGUCUCCUCCUUUAUUAUGUUGAUUCUUUUUAUGUAUUUAAAUGUUUCUAUCAUAUCCCCCCUGUCUCGUCUUUCCUCCAAGCUAUACAUGUUAAGUUCCUUUAACCUUUCCUUGUAAGUUUUCUCCUGCAAUCCAUGAACCAGUUUAGUAGCCCUUCUCUGAACUCUCUCUAAAGUAUCAAUAUCCUUCUGGAGAUACGGUCUCCAGUACUGCGUACAAUAUUCCAAGUGAGGUCUCACCAGUGUUCUGUACAAUGGCAUGAGCACUUCCAUCUUUCUACUGCUAAUACCUCUUCCUAUACAACCAAGCAUUCUGCUAGCAUUUCCUGCUGCUCUAUUAAAUUGUCUGCCUAUCUUUAAGUCCUCAUAAAUAAUCACCCCUUAUUCCUUUUCCUCAGAUGUUGAGGUUAGGACUCUAUCAAAUAUUCUGGACUCUGCCCUUGGGUUUUUACGUCCAAGAUGCAUUAUCUUGCACUUAUCCACAUUAAAUGUCAGUUGCCACAACUCUGACCAUUUUUCUAGUUUACCUAAAUCAUUUGCCAUUUGGCUUAUCCCUCCUGGAACAUCAACCCUGUAACAUAUUUUUGUAUCAUCAGCAAAAAGACAUACCUUACCAUCAAGACCUUCUGCAAUAUCACUAAUAAAAAUAUUAAAGAGAAUGGGUCCAAGUACAGAUCCCUGAUGUACCCCACUGGUGACAUGCCCAUGCUUCGAAUAACUCCAUUGACUACAACCCUGUGUUGCCUGUCACUCAGCCACUGCCUUACCCAUUCAACAGUAUUGGAAUCCAAACUUGUUUAAUUCCAAUAUUGUUGAAUAAAUCUGUUAAUGGUUUUGCUAGUACACCACUAAGCUCUUUUAAUAACUUUGGGUGUAUUCCAUCAGGUCCCAUUGACUUAUUUGUCUUUAUUUUUGACAGUUGAAAUAGAACCUCUUCCUCUGUAAAUUGACAUGUAACAAAUGACUCAUUUGUCCUUUUUGUUAACUGAGGCCCCUUGCCUUCAUUUUCAUCUGUAGAUACUGAACAAAAAUAUUAAUUGAGGCAGUCAGCCAGACCUUUAUCCUCACCUACAUACCUUCCUUCUUUUGUUUUUAAUCUAACUAAUCCUUGUUUUAUUUUCCUUUUCUCAUUUAUGUAUCUAAAAAUGUUUUGUCUCCCUUUUUUUACUGACUGUGCUAUUGUCUCUUCUGUGUGGGAUUUGGAAGCUCUUAUAACUUGCUUAGUCUCUUUCUGUCUAAUCUUAUAGAUCUGUCUAUCUUCCUCACUCUAGGUUUUUUUUAUAAUUACUAAAUGAUAACUUUUUGUUUUUUACUAUUUUGGCCACAUCUGCGGAGUACCACAAUGGUUUCUUGAAAUUCUUUUUUGUUUACAUUUUUUUUAAUUCUUUAUUUUUACUGUGCAUGAAAUAACAGUCGCAUGUCAACAAUGCCACAACAGCAAUUGCAAACAGUUUAAAAACACAGUCGUUCACUGUUGUACAGCAUUUAGAUUAAACGCACAAUUAUUAAAUUAGUAAUACAGGCUAGGUACAAGCUAGGUAACUACUACUGUCCUAAUAAGUUGCUUUGUCAAUUAGUAACUAUAGCUUAAGAGUUAUAUUUAAAUUGAAUGACAUUGCUUUAAUAUCUAAACAUUUUCUGACUUUGCUGUGUAAAACCAAAACGUGUGUACAAUCGCUUAUAUAAAAUAAUUUGCUUAGCUAGGGCGCUUAUACAAGUAAAAAGAAACAACUGGAUAAUGGCAGCGCUUCACAGGCAUUAAGUGCAGCCUUAUCACAAGAUGGCUUCUAUGUAGGCUAUUACACUACUCGUUCUAGGUUACUGAGAUGGCUAGUACACAUUCCCCUCACACUCCCCAUGUAAAUAUACGCUAUACAGAGUCUAUUAUUCAUUUUAGUUGAGGGUGAGAUGAGAAAGUGGGGAAAAAUGCAGUGGGUAUGGUGCACUUAACCGUCCGUGCAUAAUUUUGGGUGUAGUCUACUGAGUUUGCAGGUCCAACGCUUGUCGUGGAGUCCAAGAACAGGCUUAGCAUAACGAGUGACUUCAUUUAAGCGUGUCAUUAGGCAUGUUUGACAGGCGUGUGUCGCAGGGUUAUCCCAAAAUAAGGCUGGUGCCACAGGUAUUAUGAGGUGCAGUCUCUCUGAGUUCCUUGUCUGGGGUGUCAGCCCACUCCGGUACUUGGUAAGUGCCUCUUGUGCCCCAGUGAUGUAGUGGCAUCUUCCUGUGCUGCUUCGCUGGCUUGUGACGGUGAUUAUGGUGGCUUAGGUCUGGGCUGGUAGGGAAGAUUAUUUCUGGCAGGGUAACUAGGUGUUUCAGUCCCUCUGGCCUUUCUCCACGGGGCAGGCAGUUCUAGGGUCUGUGGGCCCCUGUGGGCUUGCUUUACAGGGUUUGUUCCCGCUCUGUGUUUGCCCCAUUUCUCCCUGCUUGAUGCCCUUGGACUGUACCUUUGCCUAGUGUAGUCCACCUGCAUGGCCCUAGGGUAGGCUGCCUUGGUGGUCUGAUGGUGCUGAGUGAGCGUACAUGGCUGGUGUGCGGCGGCCAUCUUAGGAACGUUGCCUGGUAAAUAUUUCACUCCAGGGCGGUUGUUUAAAGCCCAGCUUGGUGUGACUUGGCGCCCUUGCAGACCGGGAUAACCCCCCGGUCCAAAGAGGGGUGGAGCGAGAUGCCGGUCGGAGACCCGGGUGAGCAGCCGUCUCAUCCCGGCUCCAGCUAGCUCCGGGUCCUUGUCGGUACUGGGUGAGGUCUUGAGCGGUAUCACCGCGUUCCCCAGUUUGGUGCUCGCGGUGCACCUCCGAUUACCCCGUUGUUUCGGGCCCUGGAGCGGGAGCUCAGAAGGAACACGUCUGAUCCCGUCGGCGGUCAGGCCCCGCCCCCUGAAUUUUUUUGCUUUUACUGACAAGCCUAAUGCAGUUUUCUGUUGCCUUUAACAUUGCAACUUUUAAAUAAUCCCAUUUCUCUUGGACUCCAUUUAAAUUGCUCCAGUCUGAUAAUGACUCCUUUACACAUUCUAAUUUUAGAAAAGUUUGUUUUUCUAAAAUCUAAAACUUGUGUUUUUGUGUGGUGUGACUCAGUCACUGUUCUUAUAUUAAACCACUCUGACUGAUGAUCACUGGAUCCUAAACUUUCACCUACAGUAAUAUCUGAUACCUAAUCUCCAUUUGUUAAAACUAAAUCUUGUAUGGCCUCUUUACGAGUUGGCUCCCCAAUGACUUUUUUUUUAGAGACAAUCCCAAUAGGGAGUUUAAAAUAUGUGUGCUCCUGGCACAAGCAGCUAUUUUGGUUUUCCAAUUCACAUCAGGAAGAUUAAAGUCACCCAUGAUGAUAACUUUCCCCUUCAUUGUCAUUUUAGCUAUUUCCUUAACUAGUAGAUUAUCUAACUCUUCUGUUUGUCCUGGGGGCCUAUAAAUCUCACCUACAUGAGUUACCGUGUGAUUACCAAAUUCUAACGUAACCCAAACGGACUCUAUGUUCGCCUCACUAACUUUUAUUAGGAUAGAUUUUAGGCUAUCCUUUACAUACAGGGCCACACCUCCCCUUUUCUUGCCUUCCCUGUCUUUUCUAUAUAAAGAGUACCCAGGUAUUGCUAUGUCCCAUUAAUUUUUCCUCAUUAUACCAUGUCUCAGUAACCGCGACUAAAUCUACAUUAUCAGUUGCCAUUAUUGCCACAAGUUUGUUUUGUAACCUUCCUCUUUCUCCUUUUUUAUUUAUUUAUUACUGCUAUUUAUAAAGCGCCAACAGAUUCCGCAGCACUGCUUUUUAAGCUGUGCAUUUCCACUGCACCCCUAUGUUUGUAGGCACACAGCUUUGGUAUUUUUCAGUCCAGGACACUCAGCAUAUCAGUUCAUGUUUUUUUGUUAUGUUUACCCUUCCUUACUCCAUUAUACUGUACAUACAGCUAUACUUUCAGAAUUUUCAAAUACACAGUGACUAGAGUGUGUUAACUUUUAGGAUUUAGAGAUUGUCUAGUAUUGAGAAACACUACCUUUUUAGAUACACACCUAAUAGACUCCCUUUCCAGGUACACACAUAAUAGACUCACUUUCCAUAACCUAUCCAUUGUACUGUGCAUGUUAUGUCAAUAUUUUUCAUUCAGAUUAUUGUUUUGUUGUUGGGUUUUAGUCCUCUAAAUAAAGGCUAUUUUUUUGGGGGGGUAACACUGGCCACUUCCUAAUAGGCUCCAGCGCUAUCAAAUUCUGCUUGCCUUUGGUAUAUACUUUUUGUUUUUGACUUGUGUAUCUGUUGUCACAUCCCUCCAGGUUUGGCAUGUACAUCCCUUUCUUGCAGCUGGGCUGUGAUUUCAGACGCUCUGGGAUUUUCUCACCUGUGUCUGGUUCCCAUGUUAGUGGAGAGCUGAGGUCUGUGGAGAAAGGAGGAAGGGAUUACCUGACAAUAUUGCAGCACAUGUGGAGAUUACACAUGCCCAGCACUGAGCCACUUCCUACACACGCAUGCUGCCUUUCACCUGACCUGAUCCGCAGUGAGGUACACUACUUGAAGCUGGACUUUAACUGGCGUGUACGAGAGGUGCUUCUCAGCUCGAUGCUGUCUGCUUACUACGUGGCAUUUGUGCCUGUCUGGUUUGUGAAGGUAUCACGUUUUGAAAUAGAACAAUGCAUCUCUCCACUGCAUGUUGGAAUGUCCACUGUAUUGAUGUAACUGCUGUUUCAAGAUAUUACAAAUUACCAUGCCAGCACUUGUCAUCAUGGUAAAUGUGAGCUGUUUAGUACAAGCAGGAAGAUGUGUAUUUAAUUAAUUAGUCAACAGCGAUACAAACUAUAUUCUGCAAAGAAUACACAAAGUAUUAAGACCAAAAGCUAUAAAAUGCAUUAAUGUUGUGUUAGUGCCAGGAGUAUUCUUUGAAGCUUCAUUCCCCAAACAGUUUAUAUCUGUACAAAAUGUUCGAAGAUACAGGCGUAAAAUUUGGACCUGUCUUUUUAAUUUGCAAAAUAGGAAGUUUGACAGAUUGAUUUACUGGACCAAUCUUGCAUAUAGGAUAUUGUCACAGUUCCACUUAAUUGCAAUUCAUUUGUAUGAGGUAUUUUCUUAAAUUUUUUCCUUUUCUUUUGACCAUUUUAUCACAAAUUCCUACCUAUAUCCUAUGUGUGCUAAAAUAAUAAAAACCUCCACAUCUCACAGGAGUGCCUCUCCAUAUGAAUAAUUUAAGGCAUAAAAUAAAAAAUUGGUAGUGCUAGUUGAGAGCAGUUUCUAUAUUUGUCUUCAUUCCUCUCUUUCAAUCUUGAAUCCUCAGUAACUGAAGAUCAAGACCUAUUCAUAAGCAUAUAAUACUUUGAUGAAGAUUAUUUUUUGGGACUUUGGAGACACUAGGGGUACGUUUUCUGAAAUCCUCUGAUAGCAUGAGGGAUUCCAAGUCUCAUCCUUAAAGGAACACUCUAGGGUCAGGAAUACAAAUCUGUAUUUCUGACCCUAUAGUGUUAAACCCACCAUGGCUUACCCACACCUCCCCUUAAAAGGAAUUAAAACGCACCUUAUUUCCAAUGCCGCGCAAGUGCUAACUCCGCCCCAUUGGUGACAUCAUCAGAAUUGCUGCUUUUUAGGCAAAGUAUCGAUUGGCUCAAAUCGGCAAGGGGUGGGGCCAAACGCCGUUUGGUCAAUCAGCGCCUCCUCCUAGAGAUAAAUUAAAUCAAUGCAUCUCUAUGAGGAAAACUCAGCGUCCCCAUGCAGAGCGUGGAGACGCUGAACGGUAGUGUUGCCUACUGUGCAGCACUGAGCCAGGAAGCACCUCCAGUAGCCAUCUGAAGAGUGGCCACUUGGAGGUGUCCCUAGGGGCAAUUUAAACACUGCCUUUUCUUUGAAGGCAAUGAUUAUAAUCACCAUAACAACUACAUUAAGCUGUAGUUGUUCUGGUGACUAUAGUGUCCCUUUAACCACUGAAUAAUACCCUGGACAAGAGGUGUGAUGUACUGUUCAUUUAUUUAAAAGAGCAGGAGUUGGACACUGGGGACAUUAUUGUCAAGGUUACUAUUUCUGUCUGCUGACUAUUAUUAUUAUUAUUUUAUUAUUUAUAUAGUGCCAGCAAGUUCCGUAGCGCUGUACAAUGGGUCCACUUGGUUUGCUCUAAGUAAUUACAUUUGCAAAAGUACAGAAUAGGAGUCUGAUCCUAACUGCUCUAUUCCAGGAGAGGUUAACAUCUGUGUUUUCCGAUUUGUGGAGUAGUAUUUCGACUUAAAAACAUUAACUUAAAUUGAUUUACCCACAAGUAACUUAAUAGUGAGAUUAUUAUUAUUAUUAUUGCCAUUUAUAUAGUGCCAACAGAUUACAUAGCGCUUCACAAUAUUAUAAGAGGGGGGGAUUUAGCUAUAAAUAGGACAAUUACUUGAAAACCUACAGGAAUGAUAUGUUGAAGAUGACCCUGCUCAAAUGAGCUUACAGCCUCUAGGAGGUGGUAGUUUAACAGAAUUUCCAUAGCAAGGAAAUUUGCACAUAAGAAAAAAAGAGCAAAAACUUGCCACCUUUUUUUCAGGCUAUCUUAGUAUUUGCAGUUUUUUUUCUUGUGCUUAACCAACCGUCUCAUCAAAGUUGUGGAUAUUUACUGUAUUUUGUUACAUAAAAUAGCAUGUUUCUUCAUCUCUUCUCUUCUUGUUCCCUUUUCUUCCAGUUCUGUUCCCCUCCAUCUGUCAAUCCCUCCCUUUCUUACUGUAGUUACUCUUUAUAUCUUCAGCACUAACAUCUUAUGCUUUUUCUUGAUAAUUGAUGCCUUCAUCUUGUCUCUCUUGUAUGUACCCUGAUCAGAGCACACAGUAUUAUGAUAAGAGAUGGUCCUGUGAACUCUUCCUUCAAGUAUCCCUGAGCACUUCUGUCAUUCUUACCCAACAUCUCCUACCUGCGCGCUACUGUGACCUUCUUCACAAGGCUGCAGCUCACCUAGGCUGCUGGCAGAAGGUGGAUCCUGCUCUUUGCUCUAAUGUACUGCAACACUCGUAAGUGUAUAGACCAGCAGGGCACAAACACACAGAAAUGCAAUCAUUAGUAACUUCGAAACUGUUCUAAAUACCCUCUAUUCACUGGUUUAGACGUAGCCAUAUUUAAUAAUGUAACACCAAGUGCUUUAAAUAAAAUACCCAAAUUGUGUUAUGAGAAAAUUACAGAUAAUUGAAUAAAUUAUUUAAAACGUUCAUAAGUUACUGUGCUACAGUGUUUGUAUAGUGAUACAAUGGGGAAGGAUGCAUUCCAAUAAAGCUAUUCAGGUGCUCUGGAAAUAACCUAUGUAAUCACAAUCUUGAUGGUUUAUGAAUGUCUCCAGAACCCUGAAAUGGCAUUGUUUUCUUAUGUUAUAGUGUUAUGUAUCUUGUUUCUUUUAAGUUAGGUUUAGAUUACAUCUAGGGUUGGAGUGUCCAUGUUUCACUAAUCUAUGGCAAACUGGGAUAUGAUACUCUCAGACAUCACUGUUAUUUCUCCCUACUAUUCUUGGUUCAACCCCUCUCUGAAAUCCUGAAAGAGGAGCUGGUAAGGCUGUGUGAUUCCAGCAUUAACUGUAGAAAUAUGUGCACUUGUGUGUAGACCUGAAUCACACAGAUGUUGUGUGGCAUGACCAGCAUUUAUCAAUGCAAAGAACAUACUAACAUCUGUGUAGAGAGCAGUGUGUAGGUAUAUUAUAUGUGUAGACAUUUACACAAACACUCCAUGUUGAUUAUAUGACUUCAGUCUUUACUUUCUUUUAAGAUUGUAUUACUAUAUAGUUUUAAUGGGGGUGGGGGCUCAAUUAAAUUGUUUUAAAUCAAAUUUAAAAAAGACUGUGUUGCAAACAAACAUCUGUUAAUGCUCCAUUUUAUGACAUAUUCUCUGACUUAACCUGGCAGGUGGAUGGAAGAGUGCAUGUGGCCACAAGGGGUGCUGGUUAAACACAACAAGAAUGUCUACAAAGCUGUUGGUCACUACAAUGUGGCUGUUCCUUCUGAUGUAUCCCACUUCCGCUUCCAUGUAGGUAUUUCAGUAAAUUGUACAGACAAAGAAAGUUGCAUAGGAAUUUUUAUUUUUAUUUUUACAUGAAUCAAACAUUACCAGUAAGGUUGGGCUUGAUAAAACCUCUCAGUCUCAGAAUCCAAAACCGCUACACAAAAGUGUAUUUUACUAGUAAUCAGAUCCUCCAGGCUAUUUCACGGAGUGCAUUUUGAGACUUUAUUUAAUAAUUUUAUCACCAGCUUUGGUUUAAUCUGCUGGUUACAUUUGAUUACUUGUUUUUCGUACAUGUUUUAUUUUCAUGUGGACUUUAAUAAUUGUAUUGUGCUGCCGUUCUCAAGUACAUUAAUAUCCCACAUGUAUACCUUUGCCAGGUGACCUUAACUUUGACAUGCCUAUUUGCUUGCUUACUUGGGCAUGAUCUGGUGUGACACUAUUUGUGCCACUGCACUGAGCAGCAUCAAACAUUGGUUCUAUUCCUAAACCACUAACCCUAACAGAGGAAUUCUCUUUGCUGACCCUCUACUUAUGUCAGGAGAGGGAUUACCCAGCUCACACAGUACAUAGCACUCUCAUGCUGCAGGUCCUGCUCAGCCAUGGUGAUUUAAAGGGAACUAAAAGGCCUAUCUCCUCAUCUCUUCUCUGUCUGGGGGCACUUAUUGUGGCCCUGGCUUACAUAAGGCACCCUCAGGAUUUAUAUGCUACUUGGGGCUCCAUGAUACCAGCCAGGAUCUAACCGUGCAGAUACGUUAAACACAUGACUGUCUGACAUCACUGGGCGGUAAAGCCCUGCACUGCUUGAUAUACUAGACCAGGCAUAGGCAACCUUUGGCACUCCAGAUGUUUUGGACUACACCUCCCAUGAUGCAUUGUCAGCAUUAUGGGUGUAAAAGCAUUAUGGGGGAUGUAGUCCACAACAUCUGGUGUGCCGAAGGUUGCCUAUCCCUGUCCUAGACCAUUGCGGUUCUUAAGAGAUUAAGCACCAAUUCUUUUUGAAUGUUGAAUUUGUUUGGUGCCUCUCAUUAUUGAUUUUAGAUAAGGACAGACCAGGAAGCCAAUGUAUCAAUGCACUCAAUGCUAUACGUGUCUUUACAGCUAUUAUGUUAUGCUUUAUUGUACAGCACCAGUUUCUUAUAUGAGCAAAACUUUAAUUAAAAAGCAGUCCAUAAAGCUUCAGAUCUCAAAUUUGCUACAAACAAUGGAUUUCUAAGAAAUGAAUUCCAUUGUAUGCAAGGUUCGUAUUUAACAUGGAGUAUCAUUUGAGAUUAGUAACAGUAUUUUAUGCUCUAUUUAAUGAAGCAAUGGUUUAAAAGAUGAUAAAGCUAUUUUCAUUUUGGUACUAUAUUGUAUUAUUUCAGUAAGACUAACUGUAAUGUUUAUAACUUAAUGCACAGGCAUACAUUGCUUGUAUCAUUACUGUUUUAAUUUUAUUUUUUUUCCCUCUCCCCACCUUCAGUUCUUUUUCAGUAAUCCAUUGCGUGUCCUGAAUAUUUUAACAGCCCUAGAGGGAUUUCUGAUCUUUUACCAGCUAUACUCACUCCUCUCUUCAGAGAAGUGGCACCACACAAUUUCUCUGGCCCUCAUACUUUUCAGUAAUUACUACGCCUUUUUCAAACUGCUUCGUGACCGCAUUGUCCUGGGCAAAGCAUAUUCCUAUUCUAAUGCCUCAGAUAUUGAGCAGAAACUGAACUGACAUGUUCUCCACUUCGGCCAGAGCUCUGUAUUUUUGUUACAAUUGCUUUGUUUCUUUGUGUAAUUAAAAGGAAGAGCUUAUUUUUUUACUCUGAC